CGGCGCCCAUGAUCCGCCAUCCUAACCGGCAAGACCCGUGCGCCUCAGGGUCGACGGCCAUCGUGCCUUUACUGCUGCACCAGCGUGCACAGCGAAGCCAUGUAUCUACUACCGCUGCCCUCGUCGACGCUGGCCGACCGUGCCUGGUCUGAUUGGCCCUCCUUCCUUGGCGGCGACGGCAAUGAUGCCAGCGACCCGGAUCACGAGCUUCAGAACUGGUCGAGCCUGAUCGGCAUUAUUACGGCAAUAUGCGGAAACGUGCUGAUUGCCCUCGCGCUCAAUGUCCAACGAUAUGCCCACAUCCGGUUGCACAGGAAGAAGCUGCAGAUACGGGAGCGUGCGAAGCAAGCGAUGAGGAAUGCCAUUUCCGGCCCGCAUGCCGAGGGGGAAAUAAGGGGGUACGGUGCUGCCGACACCUCAAACGGGAAUCCGGAUGCGGCCUUGAGUGCCUCGAGACCCGGCGACGGCAGUGCCGGCCCGUACACCGAAGAUGAUGAGCACGGUGAUUCCGAGAUGAGCCAUCUCGCUCAGUCUUUCCGAUCCGAUGACUCGCGCUGGACAGAACAUUCCGGAGAGGAAGAAGCCAAGGUGUCGUUGACAUACUUGAGGGACCCCUACUGGUGGCUCGGGCAGGUGCUUAUCACGGUGGGCGAGAUGGGCAACUUCCUGGCCUACGGCUUUGCCCCGGCCUCCAUCGUCAGCCCACUGGGCGUGGUAGCGCUCGUCUCGAACUGCGUUAUCGCACCCAUCUUUUUCAAGGAAGUGUUCAGGCAGCGCGACUUUUGGGGCGUCAUCAUCGCCAUUACGGGCGCCGUAACCGUUGUGCUGAGCGCAAAGACGGAGGAGACGAAGCUAGGCCCGCACGAGGUGUGGGAUGCCAUCACCACCAUGGAAUUCGAAAUAUACAUGGGAGUGAGCUGCGCGCUGAUUAUAUUGCUCAUGUGGCUGAGCCCGCGGUAUGGAAGUCGGACCAUUUUGAUCGAUCUCGGACUUGUGGGCCUAUUCGGUGGGUACACAGCCCUCUCAACAAAGGGCGUGUCUUCCAUGUUGUCCUCGACGCUGCUCGGCGCAUUCACCACCCCAGUAACCUACGGCUUAUUAUUAGUCCUCCUCACCACUGCCAUCAUGCAAGUUAAAUACCUAAACAAGGCCCUCCAGCGUUUCGAAUCCACCCAGGUCAUUCCGACCCAGUUUGUUAUUUUCACCCUGUCUGUGAUCAUUGGCAGCGCUGUCCUGUACCGCGACUUUGAGCGCACCACUGGUGAGCAAGCCGUCAAAUUUGUCGGCGGCUGUUUAUUCACCUUUUUCGGGGUCUUCCUCAUCACCAGCGGUAGGCCGCGGAACGAUAUUGAGGACGAGCCUACGCUUUCUGAUGCCGAAGGUAUUGAGGAGACUAUCGGUCUUUCGCACCAAGACCCUGGGGCGGGGCUUCCAGCGCCGCGCCAACCUCCCCGCCGGGGCAGCGACACAGUUCGAUCCCCACGGUCGUCCCGAUGGUCCGGCCUCAGCUUCAGAGAAGCCGUCAACAAACCCCUAGCAGCGUUAUCUGGCGCGAGAUUUUCCACAUCGCGGGUCUCCGCGGGUGCUUCGACAAAGCUUAAACCUCCUUUCAUUAGCGAGGAUGACAGUGGCGAUGAGGACGAGCACUCGCCCUUGUUGGGAAAUCCCUGGAGAGAAAGCGAGACCCCGCCUGACCAUGGCCAUCGUCCACAUCUCGGCCCACACACGAUCUCCUCAGACUCGAUCAUGUCGGUUGUGGCCUCUACGGCUGCCACAUCCCUGGAGGGCGAGCAACAAGUACCCGACAUUUCCCCCUCCGGGACGCCCAGUCAGACGCAAUCCAGCCAGAUGACCCCGACAAUACCAACAAUAACAGGCACCACUCCGCCCCGAAUAACCACCACCGUUGCCUCAGCCAACAACAACACUGCUACUCCGACGACCCCCCGCUCAUCCCUGCACCAUCACUACAACACUCCAGUCAUCUCGCCCUCGCCCUUCUCGUCCACCCUAACAGCCGUUGUGGCCGAUAAGCUGCUGGCACAUCUUGAUGGUUCCGGAACCGUCAGCCAUAGCCCGUCAACCGCCACGGGGUUAGGCGGCGCCCCACAAGGGGGAGUAUCUACUAAACGGACUCAGCGGUCCGGGUUAAGGAGUAGCUUGUUUGCGCCGCCGUAUCAGGAUGAUAAUCCUCCUGACGAGGGAGACAGACAAUCUCAAGAUCCAAAUCAGCCUCGGCGGGAAAGGGGCGCGAGUGGUAGCGCUCUCGAUGUGGGUAAGGGCCCGCUUGGAUCUUCCGGAAGCAAUUCCACGAACUCUGGCAGGGGUGUCAGUGGAGGUACGAGCGGGUUCAGGGGUCGGGCGAGGAGUCUAAGUCAUACGCUUAGCAUGGGCCUUGGGGGGUUGUUUGGUAAUUCGAGGAAAGGAGCAGGCAGGAGGGAUGAUGCGGCUGAUAAUCCGCCGGACGCUGCGAGGGGGCGAGACUCGGAGAGAAUUCUUGCCAGCGAUCCAUCGCUGCCAAAAAUGAGAACGGUUAUUGGAAAUGGGAGUACGGAGACGGUGUAAUGAGGCUUGACACGCGGUAGGAUCGGUGGUCUCUUGUGAUUAUAGGGUUUGGAUGGGACAAGCAUCUGAUUUGACUGUUCCUAUGUUGAUUUGUGAGGACACGGGACAACAGCCCUCGGCGCCAGGUAUAGCGUCUACUCUUUGUUGCGUUCCUUGCCAGUGGCGGAGCAUUCAUGUGCAUUGGAUCGGAGUUUUCCCCAUUCCUUGUUUUGCUGGUAUCACUCCUCACCCCUAUUUGGCAUAUACAGCGGCCGUUGUUACUAAUACUCUUUAGCUGGAGGGAGGUCUCUAU